AUGGGCGAUCCUGUUGAUCCAGCGUUUGCUAGCUCAGGAAAGAGCGAUGGACUUGAAGUCUGGAGAAUCGAAAGCAUGCAAGUUGUUCCAUAUCCAAAGGACAAAUAUGGAGAAUUUUAUACCGGCGAUUCUUUUAUUAUUUUACAUACCAAAACUCUUCCUUCCGGAAAAGUAGAAUGGAAUAUUCAUUUUUGGUUAGGAAAGGACACAAGCAGAGUAAGAAAAUUUAAUGUAUUAAUUCGUACAAAAGUUAUUUUUAAUUAUAAAGUUACUGUUGUAAAGGAUGAGGCUGGAGUUGCUGCUUAUAAAACUGUUGAAUUAGAUGAUCACCUUGGUGGUUCACCUGUGCAACAUAGGGAGGUGCAAGAGCAUGAAACCAAGCGUUUCUUAUCUUACUUCAAAAAAGGAGUUCGGUAUCUUAAAGGAGGGGUUGCAUCUGGAUUUAAACAUGUUGAUAAGGAUAAGGUCGAAAAACGCUUGCUGCAAAUAAAGGGUCGCCGACAUAUUCGUGUUAUGCAAGUUGAAUUAAAAUGUUCAUCAUUGAACAAAGGAGAUUGCUUUAUUUUGGACACUGGGCGCAUAUUAUAUGUUUGGAAUGGCUCUCAAAGUAGUCGUGUCGAAAGAAUUAAGGCAAUGGAAGUUGCAAGAAAGAUCCGAGAUGAUGAACACGCAGGAAAGGUGCAUGUUAAAGUCAUCGAGGAACAAGAUGACAAUCCAGAUUUCUUCAAAGAUCUCGGCUCAAAAGAUAAGGUUAUCAAAUCUGCAGAUACUGCUGGUGAUGAUGAUGCUUUCGAUAGAAAGCACCAGACAAAUGUUACCUUACACAGACUAUCUGAUCAGUCCGGGAAUAUAGAAAUAAAUGAUAUUGCUGCUGCUCCAUUGAAAAGGAACAUGUUGAAUAAUGAUGACUGUUUUAUACUUAACACUGGGCCAUCGGGUGUAUUCGCCUGGAUUGGGAAGAAUGCUAGUCGUGAAGAGAGAACAAAGGCUGUUAAAUUUGGAAUGGGCUUCUUAGACGCAAAAGGCUUACCAAAGUGGACUCCUGUUAGCCGUGUUGUUGAAGGUGCCGAACCAGUGAUGUUUAAACAAUAUUUUUCAGAUUGGCCACGUGAAGGCGUUCUUAUGCCUUUACAACAAGGUUCCUCAAGUAGAAUUGCUCAUGUUAAGCAGGAAAAGUUUGACGCUUCCAUUAUGCAUAAACACGUAAAAGUAGAAGCACCUAAUCUUGUUGAUGAUGGAUCUGGCGAUAUUGAAGUAUACCGUAUUGAGAACUUUAAGCCUGUUCCUUUAGAAGAGCAUAUGUAUGGAUGUUUUUUUGGUGGUGAUAGCUAUGUCAUUUUCUAUACCUACUUGGUUAAUGGCAAAGAAAAUUACAUAAUUUAUAUCUGGCAGGGAAAAGACAGUAGUGCAGAUGAAAAAGGUGCCGCUGCUGCUUUUGCAGUAGAAUUGGACGAUAAAUAUGGUGGUGCUCCCGUUCAGAUACGAGUCGAACAAUAUAAGGAACCUGAACACAUGUUAAGAAUUUUCAAAGGAGGCAUGAUAAUUUUUCUCGGUGGCACUGCGAGUGGUUUUAAGAAUCGCCAUGAUCCUGAGUACAAGGUCAGCAAAACGCGCUUGUUCCAGGUUAGAGGGACUGCGGAUAACAAUUGUCGGGCCGUUCAGGUUAUUGAAAGAGCAUCGUCUCUAAAUUCAAAUGACUCUUUCAUUCUCGAAUCGGCUGAUAGGACUUUCUUAUGGUUGGGAAAGGGCUCUAAUGAUGAUGAAAAGGCAAUUGCCGAGCAAGUCGCUUGCGUGGUUGCGCCCAAUCGUGAUAUCGAACAUAUCGAGGAAGGAGAUGAACCGCGAGAAUUUUGGGACAUUUUAGGUGGUAAAGAGAAAUAUGCUGAUGAUAAAACUUUACAGGAAGAAUACCCUUCACAUCCAGCACGCUUAUUUCAUUGUUCCAAUGCUACUGGAAGAUUUAAAGCUGAGGAAAUCACAAAUUUUGACCAAGAAGAUCUUAUUGAGGAUGAUGUGAUGAUUCUGGAUACCUACAAUCAGGUUUUCAUAUGGAUUGGAAAUGGUGCUAACCGAUUGGAGAAGCGCGAGUCUCUUAAAACUGCUGUGGAUUAUGUAAAAACUGAUCCAUCUGGCAGAACACCUGAAAAUACCGUUAUGCUGCAAGUUAAGCAAGGCUUUGAACCCCCAACAUUUACAGGCCAUUUCUUAGCAUGGGAUCCCAACAUGUGGAGUGGUGGAAAAACUUACGAGGAAUUAAAGAAAGAAUUGCAUGAUGCCAAUGCUGGCGUUGAGUUAGUGGAUGAGGCUCUGGCUAAGUACAGCAAGAAAUACACAUACACUCAGCUGACGAUCAAACCAUAUCCAGAGGGUGUUGAUCCUUCAGAGCGUGAGAAACAUCUGUCUGAUGAAGAAUUUCAUGAAGUAUUUGGUAUGUCUGCAGCUGAAUAUGAAAACUUACCGCAAUGGAAACGAGUUAAUCUUAAAAAAGCAAAGAAUUUGUUUUAG